UCGUCACUUUUUUCCUACCUUACCAUUUCAAAAUUGGCAUAACCAGAUACUGUCAGAUUUUAACUCAAUCCUCAAAAAUGUAUUUGAUUUUAAAUUAUUAGAUUCAGGAGUAUAUCAUGAUCGAAAACCAGGAUAACUUGGAAGAAAUCAAUGAAGAACCUGAUCAAGAAUCAGACUGUGUUGGAUACUACACAAGAUCGAAAAGACGAAAACUCAAUCAUGAUGUGGAAAAAUGUACCACCAGUUUCAGAGAACACACAGACAGAAGAAGAAAGAAUCCUAUCAUGUUCCUGCCAACGGAAAUGCUGCGUGCUAUAUUCGAAAAUAUCGACUACCAUGAAUUAAGUCAAAACGUUCGUCUAGUCAAUACAAGAUUCAGGCUGAUAGCUGAAGAUCUGUUGAACAAAGCAUACAAGAAAAUAGAACAGCAACUGGAAACUCUCGUGAAAACAACAGAAGUAUCCUUGAGUUGCAACAUCGACGACAUGGAAAUCAGAUGUUUAUUGAAACUAUUGAAUUUUCUAGAGAUUUUAAAAAUGCAGUAUGAUUUAGUUAUUUCUACAAUCUGGAGGUACGUGUACAAUGAAUACUAUCGAACUAGCAGAUCUUGUAUGUAUGGAGGACAACUCAUUGAUGCUCAUCGUUUAUUUAUUUUCAAAUUCCUGUACUAUCCCAAUACCCUUUAUGGUCCAGCGGUUGUUAAAGAAUACGCCCUGCCACCAGAAGUCAUCAAAAUCAUUCAGAUGACGAAAAGUUUUUGUGUUCAUUUUGAUAAAAUUAAUGAAGAACCUCUAGGCGAUAGCUUGGUGGCCAGUGGUUGUAAGAUCGUGGACAUAGUGAAAUGUUCGAAGUUCAGUCAAGAACUGUUAUCCACAGAGAACAGCUCGAAGGAUUAUUUCAGAGCAGAAUACAGCUUCUACUUUCGUAACACCUGGUUUGUUGCACUACCUAUUCAUGGCACCAGAGAGAUGGACUUGAGUCAGAAGCAGCGCAUGAUGCACAUGCGUCUGCGUAGGAUCAUCUUAGCGCAUAACGACAUGUACACGCAGCAAGCUCAAUACGAGAGGGAAUUGCUGUUGAGGCGCGAUCCAGAUGUCAGAAUCAAGAGGCCCGGGAAUAAUGUCUACACAGGAUACGGAGAUGUUGGGAAUGUGUUCUUCUAUUACGGGGUGAUGAACGAUAGUGCUUACAAUCAGAAAUUCAACAGCGAUGAAGAUAACGAUGAAGACGAAGAAGACGAAGAAAAUAUAGAUAUUGAAAACGAACCUGUAGCAAACAUUCCCGUUCAAAACUCGGAUGAAGACAUAUUUUACAGACUUCCCCACCUUGGAUUACGAAUGAAUAUCACAGUCAGAUGUCCGUUAUCAUAUGCGCCAUUGCCAUAUCUGAAAAGUCUAGGAGAAGAUCAAAGAGAAAAACUGAAAAACCGAAACAGAACUACCGGACCGAUAGAAAUGAAGAUUACUUUCGAAUGUGAAGGGGCCACUUACCCUAGGCUACCCAAUUUUUAUCAAUAUGAUGUGAAGCCAAAGCAGCUGUGAUUUUUUGACUCGUUUUUAUUUAUAUUUUUGUGCAAUGUUUUAAUUUUAUACAAUUUUCCUGCAAAUACAUUUUUUGAUUUUA